AAAAAAAAAGGGAAAUUGCUGGCGUUUCAGACUUCAGUGGUUGGGAGUUGAAAGCUCUCUCUCUCUCUCUCUCUCUCACCUUGGAUGGCCUCCCUCGAACCUCGAUGGAUUGAAAAUGCGGUUUGCUUUUCAUGAAAAGGUGUCGCUUCUAAGCCAAGCUACGAAAAUCUAAAACCCUAAAAAGCUCUGACUUCUCUCACUCCAACUAUCUUGUUCUUGUUCUUUCCUUCUUGUAAAUCAGAAGAGAAUAUCGUUACUUUCAUCGAUUUCUCAACCAACCAAUAUAGAAAUAUCUUUAUUGUCUUCUCGAUGAUGUUUUGCUGACUGUCUUAUUCCAGUUGAAUUUGAGCUCAAAUGGCGUCGAGGCAAGGGUUUAGAUCGAAGAAAUCGGUUUCGAAACUACACAGAGCUGUUAAUUCUCCUUCAUCUUCUACUACGUCAUCUUCUAAACAACUUCCUGAGACCUCCUUUGAAGCACAGAGUUCGCCUGCUUCUUCGUCUGCUCGGAGCAAGCCACAGUAUUUCUACUCUGAGACUGUACCUUUGGAUGAGGAGAGGUCUAUUGAGAAUGUUACUGUUACUGUCCGGUUUCGCCCUCUCAGUCCGAGGGAAAUUCGUCAAGGAGAAGAGAUUGCGUGGUAUGCCGAUGGGGAAACUAUCGUGCGGAAUGAACACAAUGCCUCGAUAGCUUAUGCCUAUGAUCGAGUAUUUGGCCCUACAACUACCACUCGACAUGUUUAUGAUGUAGCUGCCCAACAUAUUGUCAGUGGUUCUAUGGAAGGCAUCAAUGGCACCAUUUUUGCAUAUGGUGUGACUAGCAGUGGGAAGACCCAUACAAUGCAUGGUGAUCAAAGGUCUCCUGGAAUUAUACCAUUGGCAGUGAAGGAUGCAUUCAGUAUCAUUCAAGAGACUCCUAACAGGGAAUUUCUUCUUCGUGUGUCAUAUUUGGAGAUCUAUAAUGAGGUUGUUAAUGACUUGCUGAAUCCAGCAGGCCAGAAUUUAAGAAUUCGAGAAGACCUUCAGGGUACCUUUGUUGAUGGGAUAAAGGAAGAAGUUGUAUUAUCCCCUGCUCAUGCUCUGUCACUUAUAGCAGCUGGAGAAGAACACAGGCAUGUAGGAUCUACAAACUUCAACUUACUCAGCAGCAGAAGCCAUACGAUAUUUACUCUGACAAUAGAGAGUACCCCAUGUGGUGAAAAUAGCGAAGGGGAAGCAGUUAACUUGUCACAACUGAACCUCAUCGAUCUGGCAGGUUCUGAGAGUGCUAGGGCUGAAACUACUGGUAUACGGCGAAAAGAAGGAUCAUACAUCAACAAAAGCCUUUUAACCCUUGGAACUGUUAUAUCAAAAUUAACGGAUGGGAGGGCCACUCACAUACCUUAUAGAGACUCUAAACUGACCAGACUCCUUCAGUCCUCUUUAAGUGGACGUGGGCGUGUAUCUCUUAUUUGUACUGUUACUCCCGCAUCAAGUAAUUCAGAGGAAACUCACAACACAAUGAAGUUUGCCCAUCGUGCAAAACAUAUUGAAAUUCAAGCAUCACAAAACAAGAUAAUUGAUGAAAAGUCACUUAUCAAGAAAUAUCAAAGUGAGAUUCGGAAUUUGAAGGAAGAGUUAGAACAACUGAAAAGGGGCAUUGGUACUGUUCCGCGGCCAAAAGACGUGGCAGAAGAUGAUAUUGUUCUCUUAAAACAAAAGGUCGGUUGUAAUCUAUCAUUCUUCAUUCAUGUACAAAGAAUCAUGUUGCUUCAUUUGGUUCAGGUGAAAACUGCUGACAACAGGAUAAUUCAAGAGCAGCUUAAUGAAAAGAUACGUGAUUGUGAAGAAUUGCAAGAAACAGUUGCUGUCUUAAAACAACAGCUGUCUGAAGCACUUCAGUUGACGAAUUCCAGUCCUGCAGUGCCACUUUCACAACAGCACACAAAAGGGAGAAGCAUCCAAGGGAAAUUUUGUGCAAGCAAAGAUAAUUUGGACUUGAGAGAUGCUAAUGAAGAUUUGCUCCUGCAAGAACAGGCUACCAAGAUUGAAGAAUUGAAACAGAAAGUGACUGAACUAACCGAAGCAAAAGAUCAACUAGAAGUUCGAAACCAGAAACUGGCAGAAGAGAGCUCAUAUGCCAAAGGGUUGGCUUCUGCGGCAGCUGUAGAACUAAAGGCAUUAUCGGAAGAAGUUGCCAAACUCCUGAACCAUAAUGAGAGAUUAGCUGCCGAGCUGGCUGUGCAACAGAAUUCCCCUAGCCAGCGUAGAGGUAGUGGUUCUGGCAGAAAUAACAAGAGGGAUGGUCUUUCCAGGCGCCAUGAUCAAGGGGGUUUCGCUGCAGAUGUCAAGAGAGAACUUGCCAUGAAUCGAGAGAGGGAGUUGUCCUAUGAAGCUGCCUUGAUGGAAAAGGAUCAAAAAGAAGCAGAGCUUCAAAAGAAGGUGGAGGAAUCCAAACAAAGAGAAGCUUAUCUUGAGAAUGAGCUUGCCAAUAUGUGGGUUCUGGUGGCCAAGCUCAAAAAAUCCCAUGGGGUAGACAAAGAUGAUCGCGUAUUGUAGCUCGUGGACACAACUGAGUUUUUGAACGAUUCUACCACGACAAAGCAAUUUCAAUAGUAUUGCUACAAUACCUGGUACAUAUGUAAGUGGAGAGAAAAUAAAGAAUGAGGGGAAAAAAGGGAAGAAAAACGUGAAAAAUCAAGUUUGUCGUCUGCAAUUGCCAUGAAAAAAAAAGUUUGUAUUGUGCAAGUUGAGGAUGUUCCAUUCAUUUGGUUCCCCCAUUGUUCUGUGCUA